UUCACAUGCCAUACGAGCAUUAUUUCAACGUCUGACUGGCUUCCAGCCGUUCUCAUCACCACUUAUCGACGUUUAGCGGUCUGAAAAUUUAUGUCGUCAGGAAGGGUUUCCCAAGGGGGCGACAUGUCGACCAGAUUUGUUGAUUACUUCAUUGUGUGCGGUCUGGACACGGUGUCGGGACUGGAAGUGGAUCCGGUGAUAGGAGAGAGUCCGAACAGAUGGCCGCUUGAGAGAUCUUUCAAGUCGAGCAUUCUGGCUCAUUUUCCUGAGAAGGUGCCUUCAAACCCUUUUGAUGGCGACGCAUUUCGUCUCCUCUGCCUUCCGAGAGGCCUUCUCUUCGCCAAAGAGGGCCACAUUCCCGACCCGCAUUUCCACUCGUUUCUCGUCACCAAAGAAGACGGCUCCCGCAUCUACGGCUCGGCACUCACAUUCUAUCAACUCGUCAAAACCGAGAAGGUCCUACAUUCGCUGGAGAUGCUUCAGGCCAUGUACAAGCAAGAGCUGAUGACACAGCAGAGCGGGUCUUCCUCACAGGGAGGAGAGGCUGAUAUCAACAGAGGCGAGUGUGAGUUCGAUCGUUUGCGGUGCGACCAGCUGUACGUAUCGCAGUGUAUUGCGAUCGUCUCUCAGAUUCCGUUUGUGUGGCCAUACGAGCAAUAUCUCAAUCAGUUGUACGAUGUGUCGUUGUCGGAUGACGCUCAGAUGCCGUUGGAGUCGUACGUUCACAAUCUACUCUUUGACGUCCCGCUCCCGCCCCCGGGACGCUCGUUGUGUCUCACCGGUCCGAGAGGUCCGAUCACGUGUCUACGGCCGAUGGAGCGGAGCCUCCCGCUGCUUGAGUAUUCAAUCAGGAGCUUGUUUGAUUGGCUGUCACUCGACGACUUCAUGCUCGUGUUCACGUGCUUUCUGUUGGAGCAUCAGAUACUACUCGUUGCCUCGCAGUACCACAAGUUGAUGACGACGGCCGAGUGUUUGUCGUCUCUCAUGUUUCCGUUCGUGUGGCAGCAUGUGUACGUUCCGAUUUUGCCUCGUAGUUUGUUGCACUACUUGGACGCGCCGGUUCCUUUUCUCAUGGGUUUGCAGCAGCUGUCAGGGGACGAGCGACCGAACGUGCCCGGGGAGGUGAUUACCGUUGAUUUGGAUAGGAUGACGGUGGACGGAGUUGAGGACAUUCCCGAUUUGCCGGGCGUUGGUCACUUGAAGGUGCAGCUGCAGGCGAAGUUGCAGGAUGCCGAGAACUCGGCAAAUUCAUCGCGGCCAUCAUCACUACCGUCGUCACGGAAACAGUCGAUGAUCCAUCAAGUUAGUCCACCGAGGCUGGAGCCGUUGUUCGAGACGGAUGUUGUGUGUGAGAGGAUUGAGAGCAACGGAACGUCUGGAGACGCGACUAAUGAUGAGAACGAGGAGCCAAAGGAGGCAUCCACGAUGCCGUCGAUACAUCCGCAGCUCGCGAAGAUGCUUCAGCUGGCGAAGAAGGCGGGAAUCGAGACGUCGAUCUCGCAUCUUCUCAAAUCGCCGGAUGAGGAGACGGAAGACGUUGAGAGUGCGGACGCCGAUGAAGAGGAGGUGGGCGACAUGUAUAUGUAUACAGGCAUCACGAUGGAGAAACAGAUUGACAUGGACUUCAAUAACAACGUACGGGAGAUAUUCCUGCAGCAUUUCAUUCAGUUGUUUGCGAACUACGAUAAGUUUGUCAUCCCGCCUCAGUCCGACUACGACACGUGGCUCACGUCUCGCGAGCAUCUCGAGAAUUUCGAUAAAGCGGCAUUUCUAUCCGACCAGCCCGAGAGCUCGCUGCCGUUUCUCUCGCCAUUCCUUGAGACUCAAUCGUUCGCCAGCCUCAUUGAUAACAAAAUUCUCUCCGAGUGGUAUCCGUGUGACCCUCAGUUGGCUCUCUUUGACUUACGAAUCGCCGACUUGAAGCAAAACCGAGGAAUGUUACGGUCGCCAUCGGAAGACUGGUCGACACAGAAGUUUCACUUCUCGCAAAGGAAACUCUCGUUUCAAAGUCUGACGAUCGAUUAUCGAGCUAAACCUCCGAGAAAGAGCGUGAGCGUGGCGAAGGGAGGUACGGUUGAUGUGAGAGGUGAAGGUCCGUUUGCUGAGCUUCAAGUAAGUCUCCAGUUGGCUCAACAAGGAGAGGACAUCCCAGAGAAGAGAAGCCGUGGAACGUGGAGUCGUAACCAACGACGUUUACAGCAGUGGGAGCAUUUGUUGGCGAGCGGGAGGGACGUGGUGCAAGAGGCACGCCGUAAAUCAGUCUCUCCUCAUCCCCCGAUCGGCAACCUGUCACCGGAAUCGAUGAAUAAAUCGCAGGGCAGUUUCGUUCUGCGUCUGUUGAAGGAGGCGAGGAUGAAAGUGAAGCGGUUGCUCGUACAGAAGAUGGGGAGGGAGGCGUUUAUUAUGGGGCACGGCGAGCUGAAAGGGAAGAACGUGACGGGAGUCGAAGAGAACACACUCAUUGCGAGUCUGUGCGACCUCCUGGAGAGAAUCUGGAGUCACGGAUUACGGUUCAAUCGAGAGGGACGCUCGUGUCUGUGGUCGCAUCUCAUGUCGUUUGUGAAUCGAUCGGAAGGAAGAGAUCGGACGUCGUCCCUUCCACGGAAUUCCUGUAGCUUACCGAACAUGCACAAAUCGAAAUCGGGGCAAGUGAGGAAGUGGAGCGGCGGAUUUACCUUGUCGGUCGACGAAGAAUCUACGGACAACGAGAGACACUCAAAGUUGACGAGCUUCAAGAACUGGGCUUUCAGAUCUCCGGAAAUGAAACGUCGAGUCAUUGACUUGUUGACUGCGAGGCCACCAGACAUUCACUACGACCUGCACUGUGUCCAGAAGAUGACCGAAAUUAAAACGGAAGUUGGACUGGCGAGAGCGUGGAUACGACUCGCUCUAGAAAAGAAACAACUUGCUGACCACCUCACGUUGCUUCUGUUGGACACCGAGCUUGUCACCGAACGAUACAAAGACUACGCGUUCUUACGAUCGGAAGACGAACGCGAGCAACUUGUCUACCAUCUUCUCUCGCUCACGACGGUCGAUUUCCACUGUUUCACUCAUGGUUUUUCAACGACGUCGGUGGCAUACCGAGUCACGUUCAUCACAGGAAAAAAUAGUCUUGCGUCGUCGACGACGACGGCCAAUUUGUGGUUCAUGCUCGCCGGCGAACAUGCAAAGACGGGACACGUGCAGAUGCCGAAGAGCGACUACGAGGUCGAGAUCAAGUAUUUGAAUCUUGGUCUACUCACGACGCUUCGCGUCGGCCACGACAACACGGGAAUCUCUCCGGGAAUUUUUAUCGAAAUGGUUGUGAUCCGGAAUGUGGUGACCGACUCGGUGUGGAAGUUUCCGUGUGGGCGUUGGCUGUCGAGGGGCGAAGACGACGGGAGCAUCGAACGUUUACUAGUCGGUGAAAUUGUUGAUAAGAAUGUGAAGGCUCGUCUCAGUAGAGACCACACCCCACCGUCUACUAGUCACUCACCGAAACUGACGAGGAAGGAUGACAAACACGAGUACUCGGACGCGGCCGAGGAGCUUCUCCAGGCUGUGGCGGAUGCCGUUAAUCAAAUGAUCAAGCAUUGCAGCGAGCCCGAGGUGCACGGGAGCCUCUCGUUUCUUCUCUGUGGCGAGAAGGGCAUGUGUCAGGCGAUGCACAACGUGUUCCUCCACAGCAUGCGUUCGAGACGCUUUCGCUCGAAUCUCCUGCCGUGGGAUUUCAUCCAGAAGGUCUACGAAUCACUCAACAAACUUACAACAUCCGGGAAUUUGAUACCCAUGUCAACAUCCGGGAAUUUAGCAACCACCUUGACAUCCGGGAAUUCAGCAACCACGUCGACAUCCGGGAAUUCUGUAACCACGUCAACAUUUGGAGAUUUGUCAUCACCGGAAAUGACAUUCAUGUCGACGAUUGCCAGGAUCUCGUCCGCAUCGACGACGAUCGGAAAAGACGGCAAGUUCCAGACGUUUGUUUGUCUCGCUGCUCGUGACAACCGACUCGCUGACUGGAUGUCGGUCCUCGGCCGUUCGUCAGCCACCGAGCUGUUUUACCACUCGAACUCGUUUUUCAGGAGGCCAGAACUGAUGUCUCCGCUUGUGUCGACGCUCUCGGCUAUGAACGACACACAAAUCAAGUUGGAGUCGUCGAUACUUCAGGGUAUCGACGACGACUAGGUUUGUGUCAUUGUUUGCAGAUUUCUAUUGUUAUUGUCUUUAAUAGAUUGUUGCAUAGCACGUGUGUAUGUAUAUUGAAUACGUUACGGUUUGUAUUGACUGACACAUUGGCUGUAGGGAUUAUUAGCGUUUGUUGUAUUGUCGUAUUUGUAGAGACAGAGAGAUGGUUUGUAAUACAGGGUUUAUAUGCUGUAGUAUGAUGUAUGAUUUUGUUUGGAAAUAGAGAGGAAAUGGAGCGGUAGUCGUGUUGUGUGUGUGUGUGUCGGUCGAUUUUGCGAUUGGUGUGUAAGGGGUUGGUGAGGAGAAAAGGUCUUGGUCUGUUGUAGUUCAUUGUUUUGUGUUUGUUUGCUGAUGUUCUAUCUGUCUGUCUGUCUUUCUGUCUGUUUGUUUGUGUACUUGUCUGUAAGUUGUCUGUCUGUCUGUUUGUCUGUACUUGUUGUAAGUUGUGUGUGUGUGUG